AUGAGGCCAUAUCACACACACACACGCACUAGAAGCAACUUCGAAGACGAUGACAAGUCUCGUCUAUCUCCUAAACGCGUGCUGCUUCCGGAUUACUUGACGAUCAAAAUUGGCGACAAAGAUCGCCUUCUAGUAGUCGAACAUGCAACCUUCAAAUCACGUAAUGAGGAGGAGGAGGAAGAAUAUGAUUGCGCGGUUUGUUUGAGUAGAAUAGAAGCAUGGCACAAUGUGAGGGAACUUGGCAACUGCGAGCAUGCUUUCCAUGUCGAGUGCCUCGAUUCUUGGAUCGACCGCGGUGGAGAAACGUGCCCGGUUUGUAGAGCUCGGCUCGUCUCUUGGGAGAUGGCGGGCCAUGGGAAAGAUCCGUGGAGAUCGGAAAGAAUGGUCUAUUUGUUUGGAUAUGAUUGCUUGAUGGAGGAGCUUCAAUGA